AGUUAUCUCAUUACGAAAAAGCAAUUCAUCUUUUUUUAACCGGAGGUCUUGUUAGCUCACGUACGAUUUGGUUGUUUGAUACCAGGAACCCGAGGUUCGAACACCAUCCAUAUAGUAUUGUUGUUUGUUAACACAAAGUUUGCUUUUCAGUUAAUUACUCUGAUUUUAAUUGAGACUGGACAAACCACGAUGAGGCCUGUGACUCAGCGCACUGCAAAGCAGCUGCUCCACAGCAAGUUCGUUGUGGUCUUAGGCGAUUCAAUUCAACGCUCGGUUUACAAGGAUCUAGUCCUCAUGUUGAGGAGAGAUGCGUAUUUAAGUGUAUCACAGCUAAAAAGCAAGGGUGAGUUUUCCUUUGAGCAAGACUUUCUGGUAGAAGGUGGCCGACUAGGUGAAAUGAAUAAUGGCACUGCCUAUAAAGAAGUGAGACAGUACAGAACGGAUCACCACUUGAUCCGUUUCUAUUUUGUCACGCGUGUUUUUUCACGCUACAUGGAGAGCAUCUUGACUGACUUUGAAACAGGAAUGAAACCAGACCUGGUCAUCGUCAAUUCUUGUGUGUGGGACAUAUCAAGGUACAGCCGUGAAUGGGCAACCGAAUAUAGAAACGACCUUAACACAUUCUUCAGUAAACUGAAGGCCAUUUUGCUCACAGAAAGCCUGGUCGUGUGGAACAUGACCAUGCCUUUGGGAAAGAAGAUUGUGGGUGGAUUCUUGGUUCCAGAGAUCCAACACAUGGGUCCCACAUUGAGAUUCGACGUGAUCGAAGCAAACUACUUUGGAGCCACUCUUGCCAAUGAGUACGGCUUUGAUGUGCUAGACUUUCACUUCCAGUUCCGGUUCAGCCUGCAACAUCGUAUGCAGGAUGGUGUACACUGGAAUGCUGUGGCCCACCGGCAGAUUACAUGCCUGCUACUGGAGCAUGUAGCGCAGGCGUGGGGAGUGGAACUGCCAGAUCAUGACCAGGUUAAGGCAGAUGGUCACCCACCAUUACAUGACAGCCAUAACUGGAAGACUGCUACCUCAAGUGCUCUCGUACGCCAUCAAGGUCCUCUAUAUAGCAACGAGAGAGGCUUCAAUCCACCUGUGAUGCCUGCCAUCCAUUAUAACAAUGCUCCAGCCUGGACACAAGGCCAAAUGAUGAGGCAGUUCAGUGGCUUUGGGUCACAGUUCAGCGGCUAUGGUGCACAGUUCUACAGCGACAGUGUACCUCCCCACUUAACAGCAGGAUACCAGAGCUUUGAAAGGGAACCCUUCUACAGAGGUGUUAAUUCAGCUGCUGCCCCCUACUGGCCAGUGAACAACUUUGUCAUGAAACGCAAACAGAGAAGACCAUAUAAUCCUUACACACGAGAGAGACCACGUACUUACAGAUACUAAAUCGACUCUGUUCUCAUUGUGUAUGGACAGAAUGAGGCAUUGUUGAAUCUCUUCCUUUAAACCUUUCAAGUAAAAAUACACAUUCUGCAUGGUAAUUAAGCACCUUGUUGGAAUUAUAGGAAUUGUUGUUUUGUAGGUUGCGUACAUGUUUAUCAAGUGCUGAAAUGUUGUUUAUUCAUAUUUUCUUAUAAGUGAUGCUUGUUUAUAGAGCCUUUCUAUGUUAUAUGAUUCUUGUGUUACAAAAACACUGAACUGAUAUUGUAACUGAUUUGCCACUGAUGGAAAAAUUAAGCACCACAGGACAAAACAUUUCUUUUAAUUCUGAAAUAAACAUUUAUUUUUUA